CCUCUUCGGGGGGUAAGUUAUUACAGGAGUUCGCGGGCGGAGCCGGUUUGUCUCUGAGACGUAUUUUUUGAGUCGCGCACCGAAUCCUCCCUUCCGCGCUUCCUGUUGGGGACGGUUGACAACGUCUGAAUCAAAACCGACCGCCAUUUACCAGAAGAAAAGACAACCGGCGGGAGGCUCUGAACAUGCAGGCGAACAAGGACAGCGACGGCGGCUGGAGGACAUUUGUGUGGAAUUCGGAGAAGAAGGAGUUUCUCGGGCGGACGGGGAGCAGUUGGCUGAAGAUCUUCCUCUUCUACGUGAUCUUCUACGGAUGCUUGGCGGGGAUCUUCAUCGGGACCAUCCAGGCUCUGCUGCUGACGCUCAGCAACUACAAACCCACCUACCAGGACCGGGUGGCCCCCCCAGGCCUGUCCCACACGCCCCGCUCUGAGAAAUCCGAAAUCAAGUUCAAUCCGUCUGACGCCUCCUCGUACAAGAUGUACACGGACGCCAUGAACGCCUUCCUGUUGAGCUACGAGGACGUCAACCAGACCGACCAGAUGAAGUUUGAAGACUGUGGAGGCACCCCCGGGCCCUACAAGGACCGCGGCAUCCUGGGAGACAACCUUGGCCAGAGGAAGGCGUGCCGCUUCUCCCGGUCUCUGCUCAAGGUCUGCUCCGGGAAGGACGACCCGCACUACGGCUUCGACGUCGGGGCGCCGUGCAUCAUCGUCAAGCUCAACAGGAUCGUCAACUUCAGGCCAAAGGCUCCGAUGAACGACACUCUCCCAGAUUUGCAGAGCAAUGUGCAGCCCAACCUGAUCCCCAUCUCCUGCAAGAACAAGAGAGAAGAGGACGCCGGCAAGAUCGGAGAGAUCAAAUACUUUGGUCUGGGGCAGGGCUUCCCGCUGCAGUACUACCCGUACUACGGCAAGCUGCUGCACCCCCAGUACCUGCAGCCGCUGGUGGCCAUCCAGUUCAACAACCUGACCCGGAACGAGGAGCUCCGCAUCGAGUGCAAAGUGUACGGCGACAACAUCGGCUACAGCGAGAAGGACCGCUAUCAGGGACGCUUCGACAUCAAGUUCAGCAUCGCCUCGUGACCUCAGCCGCAGCCACAGUCUCUCACUUUGACACCGACACAAUGUAGAGAGAAUAAAAGAGUUGAGAUAAACACCACUAGUCUUUGAACAUUCAUGAUAUACAGGACCUACACUUAAUCUGUGUGCUUUACACUAGCUUCUACGCGUGUGUGUGUAUGUGUGUGUGUGUGUAUGUGUGCGGGUGUGUGUGUGUGUCCAGGGUUAGAAUGUAAAAAUACAAGAGUAGCAAUAGCAAAUAUUUAUUCUAUUGUACAUGAGAAUAUUCCUCGAGCCAUGUGUUCAUCUAUUACUGUAACUCCACUACUGACGUGUAGCUCUUCCUGUCCUCAGUGUUUCAUCCUAACGGUGUUCUCAGUGUGCUGUAGUCCUGUCCUGUUGUGAUCUGUCUUAUGUCCGCUUCAGUGGUCCAAGGUGUGUGCGUGUUAAUGUGCUCAAACUGAAUACUAGCAUGGUACUCUGAACCUCUACGGUGAGUAAAUGACUGACUCCAUGGAACCCUUCUUUAGCCGUUUUGAUGACUUUUCUGUUCCAAACUCUUCCGUCUGUUUCUUUUUAACUGGUAGUGUAGAGCUUUGUGGGUCAUCUCCAUGGAAACUAAAUCUGUUUUGUUUGUUUUUCCUGGAGACAUCACAUGAUUACUAUUGAAUGUUUUAACCAUUUUCAUGGUGGAAGAAUUUUAUAUUUAUGCAGUUGUACAUUUUUUUCAAAGUGUAAUGUAUGAAUCAGAAACCAAAGUCGCUGGUCAAAAAAAGAAAAGACAAAAAAAAGGACAUCAGAGGCAGUUUCCCGUGUAAUAACAUGUUUAGUCGGUGUGUUCAAUGUUAAAGAUCAAAACACUUUAUUUAAUCUGCAUAAGGCUGAAACAAUAAACAGAAACUUGAGUUCAACUGUCA